GGGAUUCUGCCAUUCUGUCCCCUGCUCAGGCCUCUGCCACCUGCUCUCCUCCCCUCCCCUUGCCUCACCUGCCCUUCAUUGUGUCCCCCCCAGCCUAGGUGUGUUUGUAUAGUCUUUUAGAAGGAUUUUCGCUCACAUGAUCUCCACCACAUACGCAUACUGCUUUUCAGAUUAAAAAAAAAAAACUUCUGGGAAACUGAGGCAAGAGGUGACAGGAAAUGGAACCCCAAGCAGCAGUGGCCACCAGACGUCUGCUGGCUGCCCGGGUGUCACCUAUACCUCUGUGGUGGGGGUGGAGUGUCACAUAUGUCUCUGUGGCAGGAAGUCUGUCAUGUAGGAGGGGGAGGGGGUUGGCAGGAUGCUGGGAGAGGGGAGCCUGAUGGGCCAGGAAUGGGUUCCCUGGGCAAGGUGCUGGUCCUCCUGGCACAGUUUUGGGGCCUGCAAGGAGCCACAGGCCUGAGUGUGCAGCAGGCACCCAAGUUGCUGCAGGUGAGGCAGGACAGCCAGGUGACCUUGGCCUGCCAGGUGGUGCAGGCCCAGGCCUGGGAGCAGCUACACAUCGAAUGGACCAAGGAUGGUGACAUCUUGUGCCAGACACGCAUCAUCAACGGCAGUCUCACCGUGGGUGUCUGCGGGCCUUGGGGACGGCUCUCCUGGCAGCCGCCUGGCAAUCUCACCCUGCAGCUGGACCACGUGAGCCUCAAUGACAAUGGGCUCUACGUGUGCUGUGCGACCGUGGAGAUCCCUGAUUUGGAGGAGGCCCAGGGCAGUGGGACACAGCUCCUGCUGGAGACAGAUAGCUGGCUACUGAACCGGAGCUUCUCAGGGCUCUCUUUCGCACUGCUGGUGACUGGAGCGGUGGCCGUGGCCGCUUUCGCUCUGGGAGCCUGGAUCUGGGGCCGCCGCCGCUGCCGGAACAGAGACGCAGGGAAUCCACUCUACAUCAAUGCCUUAUAUCAGCCCCGGAGGGCCCCAAGGAAGAGUGAAGCAUGGCCUGUGUAGGGGAAGAUGCUGGACAUCUCCAGCAAGAAUCAGAAGGGCCAAAGCUUCUAUUCGAUCUCUUUCCCCUGGCCCCCCACCCCCAAGCGGCCUCUGGCUCCCAAAUCUUCCU